AUGGAAAUCCCAUCAGAAAGAGAGGCAGACCUUGCCGCAGACUUUACGGCCAGUGAUACUUCCCUGGGCAAGAAAAAGCGCUCCAAUUCCGAGGCUGCUGAAUACCCCCGACGACGGGCGACUAUAGCCUGUCAAAUAUGUCGGCUGCGCAAGACUCGGUGCAACGGGGCUCGUCCCAAGUGUCAACUAUGCACCGAUUUGAACGCAGAAUGUGUCUACCGAGAACCUGGAAUCAAGCUAGAUGCCGGUGACAAGCUCAUCCUGGAUCAUUUGGCCAGAAUUGAGGGACUCCUUCAUUCUAGUUUGGCAGGCCAAGGGUCUCAUAUCGCCUUGUCUUCGACUUCCCCGGCCACCAGCAACGAUACCAAUCUUGGUAGUGAAGAAACAUCAGGCAGGGCAUCUGGUGGAUUGCAGGUGCCUGGUAGAUUGUCCGCCGUUGGACUCGGGUCCUGGGUCAACCCACCGGCCAGUAUAAGCAUUUCCACGAUGCCCAAGAUGCACACCACUCCGGCACUGCAUCUUCUUCAAUGGCCAUUGAUUCGGGACUUGGUAUCCGUGGCCUAUGACCCACAGCAUCUACUACAACUAGAGAUGGCCCGCGAGCCACUGCGGAUGACACCAAACUCAGGGUUCGAUUUGACGAACGCGUCCACAUAUGCCCAGGCCUUUUUCAACCAUGGCAAUGUUUGGUACGCAUGUGUGAACCCUUUCACCUGGAAUAGAUAUUAUCAAACUGCCCUCGCACAAGGCUUUCAAGAAGGACCUAUGAGCUGUCUUGUCCUGCUGGUCUUGGCCCUAGGAUGUGCCAGCCAUAGCGGCAGUAUCUCGUUCGUGCCCCCAGAUCGUGAGCCACCGGGACUACCCUAUUUCGCAGCUGCUUGGAGCGUGCUGCCAUCGGUCAUGAUGCGAAACACCGUGUUUUCAACACAGUGCAUGGUCCUAGCAUCUGCAUACUUAUUCUACCUUGUGCGGCCUUUGGAGGCUUGGACCUUGCUGUCGAAUGUGAGCAUGAAACUGCAACUACUAUUUGGCAGUCCCAACCGAAUUCCCAACCAAUGGAGGGAAUUGAGUGUCAGAGUAUAUUGGAAUGCACUAUUGUUCGAAAGCGACCUUCUUGCGGAGUUGGACCUUCCACAUUCUGGUAUCGUUCAUUUCGAGGAGCGGGUGGACCUCCCCGGCGGGUUCGAAGAUGAGGACGCAGAGGAUGAAGAUGACGAAGAGGAUGGCGAUACCGACCAAGGUAAGGAAAUUCGGAUGACCAGGUUCAGAGAGGACGCCACCGGGCGUGAGGAGCUUUGGUAUUUCCUGGCAGAGAUUGCGCUGCGAAGACUCCUCAAUCGCGUCAGCCACAUCAUCUACCAAAAGGACCGCACCCAUACUCUUUCAUCUCUCGGUCCAAUUGUCUCCGAGCUAGAUUUCCAGCUGUCACAGUGGUACAAGAGCCUGCCAGCUCCCGUGCAGUUCCCUUUGACACAGGCACCUCUUACCAACCCGGUCCAAACGGUACUUAGGCUUCGCUACAAUGCAUGCCGUACCAUAAUCUACCGCCCAUAUAUCUUGGCUGUCUUUGAGAACGAACAGGCAGGAACGGAUUCCGGGGUGAGAGAGUGUUGCUGGCGAUGCUUGGAUGCGACGCUUCGCCAACUGGAGCACAUUACCAGUCACCGCGAGGGCCACCUGCCAUACUUAUGGCAGGGUGCCCUAUCAAUGGUGUCCCAGACCCUGUUAAUCAUGGGUGCCACUAUGUCUCCUUCUCUCUCCACUCUGCUUCCACCUGGGCCAAGGAUGGAUUCCAUCAUAGCGAGUGUUGUGGGCGAGGUCGAAAGAUAUGCGCACCUAGCACCGAGUUUGAAACUGUCUGCUGAUAUAAUCCGAGAUGCCGAGAGACGACGGCAAAUUUGUCUUCGAUCGGCCGGUAUGUGUCUCUGA